AUGACACUGCAGGCCUUACAGGAACCAGCGGUGGGGCCAAAAGCCACUGCUCCACUCAGCCAGGCAGAUAAAAUGAAACGGAGGACUUAUUGGGUUGUGCUGGGUAUGCUGUCCGUUGCUUUCCUCACAGUCUCCCUGGGAAUCUACAGCUCGACUCGCACAGAGAAUGUUCACAUCACUGGUCAUAUCUCCGGAAUCAUCUUUGUCUUUGGAUCCAUCCUGAGUGUCUUGGGGUUAUGCCUAGAGGGCAAUCGCAGACAGCUGCUUACUGCUUCCAUAUUCUUCCUGAGUCUGGGAAUCAUUGCUUCAUCUAUAUGUAUUGUGGUUGAUGGAGUUUAUAUCCUCACCAGUAUUGAUACACGCCCCUUAUGGGCUGGGAGGUGUCAGUUUUACACCAGUGGACAUGGUUAUGUUUAUGAAAACCACUUUACCUCUGUACCAUGCCAAGGUCUGAUGGAGUCUUGCACCUUGAUGGUAAAAAGUGGAAGUUGCUAUUGCUGUGACCUAUAUGAUUGUGCCAAUGGUGGUUACCUCAAUAAGGUCUAUGAAUUUAUUGGAGUGGAGAGCUGCCAGGGAGUGCUGUUUGUGUACUACCUCAUGUGUGGUGUUAGUGGUCUGAACCUCCUUGCUUUGAUACUUGGUCUCCUGAGUGCUUCCAUGCUUGGAAACAUCAAGGCUCUAAGGAGAACACCGAUAUCACAUCGAGAUACAAGUGGAUCUAUGGACAGAACUUGUGCCAACACUGACACACCCGAUAGUGAAGAGCUCAAAUGGACAAUGGGAGAUAUUGUAACUGCCACUGCUCCUCCAUUGCCAGGAGCAACUGAAGAGAAUAUCCCCCUCCUUCCCCAGGAUGUAGUCAGACAUCAGCCAGCAGGAGAAGCCAAUCAGUUUCUUAAUUCGAAAACAUCUCAGUGUAUGGCCACCAUGGGAACCAGUGCAGCAUCUGAAAAGCUCAAGCAUUGCCCUCCAGCCUUUGCCCCCUUCUGCAGCCAGUAG